AUGCGUUUCGGACGAAUACCUGUGCUGACUUCAUUAGCCUUUACAAGCACACUUGCUGUGCCCUCUAAGGAAGCUCCGCAGAUUCAGCGCAGAGCAGACAAAGUUCAACCACUGCCACCAAAGAAUCCGCAGAUUUACAAUUGGCGUGAGGAACCAUGGGCACAUUAUGUUAUGACAGACAGCUCUGAUAAACUAUAUCCUGUGGACAUGAAGAAAGUUCACAUCGACCACGACGACAUUAUCACACCAUCUCUUCCGUCGGACGUCAAGAUCCCAACACCAUUCCUUCCCACGGACGACCGCAAAACGAAAGAGCUGUACUGGGCAGCAAUCGCCGCCUACGUCGCUGAAGAAGACAAAACACCGGAGCAAAAAGACCAAGAACUCAGGCAAAAGUGGACAGACGUGCAAGAAUUCAACGAGAUGGCAGUCUGCUACUACUCCACGCACGCUUUCAAUCUGCGAUGCUCGAAUAAGAAAGAUGCGAAGGAAAGACGCUGGAAACCAAAUGCUUUCAGAAAGAGGUAUCAUAAGUUGAAGAACAAACUAAUCGACGAGAUGCGUGUGGAAGGUUUGGUAAACUUUGGAAGGGAAUUGACUGCUUAUCUCAAUGAGACGGGGAUGAUCAUUGAGGAGCCUGCCUGGUGUCCUAAUCCGGAGGGAGGGGACGAGAAAGGGUGCUUAAAGAUGAUACGGAGAGGGAGGAGAAGCGUGCGUUAG